AUGGAAUUGGAGUCAAUUUACGAAAUUGACCGUGUCGCCGGAUUCAUCUCCGGUAGAGGCUUCCACCGAGUUGCUCUUCAGGUUGGGCAUUAUUUGUAUGUCUUGGCUUCACAUGUUUGCAAAAGCUAUCGUUUUUAGCAAAUUACUUUGGGCAUAAGCUUCAAUUUGCUGGAGAGAAGUUUGAAGAGUCCGCCUUUUCGACUGUAAAUGUUGGUGAGAGGCUAUGUUACUCUUGAAUAUUUGCAAUCAAAGCAUAUAUCACUAAUAGGAGUUGGGGCAAAAACUCUUUUAAGUAACAGAGGUCAUUUUCCAAUUUCAAACCAUAUGGUCAGCAUUCAGAUUUGACCAAAUGAUACUGCUGUCUUGCACAUUUAGCUACUUCGUGAUAUGAAAGAAGAAUAAUUGGGGCAAAUAUGGCCUUGACUUGAAAUCAUACUUGUUGCUUCCAGAAGGUUGUGAGCUCUUCAGACCCGAUUCUACAAUUUCCCUGAUGAACUAUUGAAAGAUUCAACGAGGAUAGUUGCUGCUCUACAUGAAAAACUUCGCUCGUUGAACCAGUUACAUACUGGAAGUAAUGGAGAUGCAAAGGAUGUUAGGCUCUAUGUAAUGGCGGAUACUACGUAUGGAAAUUGCUGUGUCGACGAAGUUGGAGCAUCUCAUGUCAAUGCGGACGGCGUUAUCCAUUAUGGUCAUACUUGCUUCAGUCCGACAUCAACUCUUCCCGCAUUUUUUGUCCUUGGGAAAGCUUCACUAAAGGUGCCACUUUGUGCUCACAAGCUUUGCGAGUAUACAAUAAAAGCUGGCAAACCUAUUUUGGUUCUUUAUGGACUUGAAUAUGCACAUGCAAUCACAGAAAUCAAAGCAUCAGUUGGUACUCAAUCAUGCUUCAAACUGGAAAUUUGUUAUGCUGAUACUAUGUCUCCAGUUAUAACUCCAUCAGAAACUUUUAGUUCGAUGAAUGGGCAACCAGAACUAAGUGAUGGUCAAUGUGCAAAUGGCUGUACUAUUGAGGAGAACAAUGCACCAUAUCGUAUUGGAGGGUUGACGUGGUCGUUACCUGUGGGACACAGGAUGGAGGACUAUUUGCUUUUCUAUGUUGGUUCAGAUGACUCAGCCUUUGCAAAUAUAUUAAUGACAUACAAUACUUGUGAAACAGUCAGAUAUGAUGCUACGGAAGACCUUUUGGUGAAUGACUUUUCUCAGCAGAAAAGGAUUCUUAAGCGUAGGUACUUUCUUAUUGAGAAAGCCAAGGAUGCUAGCAUCAUAGGGAUCUUGGUAGGGACACUUGGAGUAGCUGGUUACCUCCACAUGAUUCAUCAGAUGAAAGACUUGAUUACCCGAGCUGGGAAGAAAGCCUAUACUUUUGUUAUGGGGAGACCUAACCCUGCAAAACUUGCCAACUUUCCUGAGUGCGAUGUCUUCAUUUAUGUUUCUUGUGCACAAACUGCUCUAUUGGAUAGUAAAGAGUUCUUAGCUCCAGUUAUUACUCCUUUUGAAGCAAUGAUUGCUUUCGGCAGAGGAAGUGAAUGGACUGGGGCUUAUGUGACAGAAUUUCGGGAUUUGAUUACUUCUUCCCCCGUGGAAGUGAAAGACCAGUCAGAAGCGCGGUUUUCUUUCAUUCAGGGUGGAUAUGUGGAAGAUUUUGAACAGCAAGAUGUUGAAGAAGAUGUUGAAGAUGGAGUUUCUGCUUUAGUGAACAUCACAGAGAAGGCUCUGCGAGUUCGUGACAAGGACUCUCAAACUCUAAUGAAUGGAACAGCUAAAUCUGGGGCAGAGUACUUCGCAGCUAGGUCGUUUCACGGCCUUGACAUUCAUACAGAAAAUAAUUUUCCCGAGCCAUUUUUAAUUGGUAAAAGUGGGAGAGCAUCAGGGUACAAGAAUGAGACUACAGAAUAAAAGUUAGUUUGUGAUGAUUCCUGCCAGCUGACCCUCACUUGUUUGGGACGAGGUGUAGUUGUUGACUAGUCCUGCCAGCUCGGAGGUGAAAACUAGAUGCAUCAAACGGAACCGGUGUACAUUCAAAGCUAAAUUUUCGGAGAUGCAGUAGAUAUCGAAAGGAGCCCUAAAAGAUUUUUAAGAUUGUAUUAACUGUUAGCAUUCUCAAAGACGAUUUGUAUGAUUGUAAUAUCAGCAGCUUAUUUUUGCUUUUGGUCCCAAAUGGCUAUUUUGUUUCUCCAGUCAUUGUGUACAACUUUGACAAUCUCAGGACCUCCUAUAAUUUUUUUGUUGUUCACAAUGUUGGGAUAGUUUCUUUCA